AUGGCGCCAAGGAAGAUGGACUCUGUGGUGCCGCCCCUCUCCGAGUUCCCCAGCCCCACCGCCGCCCGCACCAGGAUGGCGGUGCCGGCGUACGAGAUCAUGUUCGGCAAGCUCCAGCUUCGCAGCCUGUUCGACGACUACUUCCAUCAGCCAGGCAGCGUCAACGCCGGCAUCAUCUUGAAGACGCCGGAGGAUCCUACUGUUCAACUCAGCGCCGCCAUGUCUCCAGCUGGUGGAGAGGCCAUGUUUCGGUGGCAAAGGGAUUUGGAUAAUCCCAACACAUAUGUGGACCUGCUCGCGUCAACCGCAAAACCUAUGUUGCAGGUGAAAUCAUGUGCUUACUAUCCAAAGUAUGGCAUUGGCGCUUUCGGAACAUUCCCUUUGCUUAUGGCAAACAGGGGGCAGGGUAAAGAAGAUUACGGUAUCAUGGGUGUAAGAUAUGGUUCGAAGAAUCUGUCGGUUGGAGCAUCCUUCCUGCCAUUUGCUGUAUCUGGUGAGGUACCCUAUGGUGCAUGGCUGGUUACGAGGAAAGGAAGAUUAAGUGCAGGGGUACAUUACAAGCCACUUGGUCCAGCAGGUGAAAGCGAGAACACUGCACCUUUUAAUGACUUGAAAAACUGGAACUGUGCAAUCAGUUAUGGCACAGGGUCAACUAGCCUACUCAGCCCUUCAUACAUUUUUGCUCUAGAGCUUCUUCGAAGUACACAGCUGGUUGCAUCAUUCUAUAGGCGCCAUGUUAUCGACACAAAGGAAAUAAAUAAAGGUGUUCCCUUUUUUGGAACCAAAGGCUACGUUGAUUUUGGGCUUGAGUUGAACAGAAGCUUGGAGAAAGACAAGCCAGCAGAAAAUGAGGCGGACGAUUCCUUGUUUCAGGUAGCUGCCAGUUGGCAGCCUAAUUCAAGUUUAUUAGUAAAGGGGAAGGUGGGUUCCUCCAAGUCGUCUGCUGCUUUGGUGUGCAAUUCUUGGUGGAAACCCUUCUUAACAUUUAGCGCCACAGUCGAAAAUGAUCACCAGCAAGGCACUAGAUCAUACGGAGUUGGAUUCCGUGUCGAGGAUAUAUGA